AUGUGUGUGAUCAUAAGGAUCCUUAGCGAACAAGUGGAGAGCCUGAAUGCGACCAGAAAUGAGCUGGGUGUGGAUGACGACACACUGCAGCAAUGGGUGGCCGAUGUGCAGAAAUGGGCUGAAGAAAGUGAUCUAACUGAUGGCAGCCUUGGAGCGUUGCAGGCACGAAUAGAGGAGCUUGUCGUCAUCAUCAGAGUGCGAACACAAAGUCUUUACAGACAAAAUGAUAGCAACAAGAGGCGACACAGAAUUCGCAAGGUCAUCUUAGUUGAGAAGAAACGCUUGGCGGCUGCUGUUGACGACUACAACAAGCUCGCUGAACCAACAAAGCAAAUCGUAUCCAGUGAUGCCCUCAUGCAGACCGAUAUUUGGCCCUGGCAGAGCACAAGUGAACCUGCUGCUGACCUCCGGACAAAGAGAAAGGUCUUUGAGAAGGUGAUGGCUGUGAGGCGCCUGAGAGAGGAGGAGAUGAUCCUUUGCAGGGAGAUGCAGCAUCACUGGACAGUGUUGCGAAUGCGUUCUGUGGUGUUGGGGACAAUCUCCUCAGACUCCUCCUUUGUUGGCAUGUCGGAGGAUGCACAGAAGGGACUCUGUAGCCUGGUUUUAAAAAAACAAAGUGAACUGAAAGCUGAAAUGCUCAAAGUAAAGGACGUGUACAAGAGAAUCCUCAGCCACCAACCACUCCUGGAAAUGGACUCGGAGGAGGACAUUCCAGACGAUGCCACUGAGAGUGAUUUGAGCACUUCUGAUGAAGACUGAUUGUGUCAUCAUUGAUGUUAUGUUUGGUAAAAUAAAAAGUUAAUCACA